GAGGAAAAAACCUGAGACGUUUGCAGCCUCCGCCUCGCUCGGCCUCGUCGCCUCGCUCGUCCCCGCUGCCUCGCUCGGCCCCGCUGCCUCCACCGUCUUUGCUGUUUCAUGUGACGCGGCGACCUCCCGUGGAGUCGUCCACAUCCUCGAAGACGCUCGCCAAGGGCAUCCCUUCGCGAUUCCUCGUUUGCGUACUAUCUGUUAGUGAAAGCUUAAGCUGUCUGCCCUCUGGUCUUCUUCGGUUCUUCCGCUGCCUUAAGAGAUAGUCACAACUCACAAGUGAUGGAACCUUUCUCGAAGCGGAAGCGGAGGCCGAUUCGCCAACCCUCGUGGGACCUCGCUGGAGAAGAUCACGGAGGAGACACCAACGGGUCCAUUGACCGCGGCGGAGUUAAAGACCCGGAGGUGAUUGCCAUCUUUGAUACCGAUGAAGAGGAGGAGGUAGAGGGUCAAGGAAAAGGACGACAGGUAUCGGUUCCACUCUCACAGGUACCCAUUGUUGAAAUCAAUAGCGAUAAAAAUGACAAUGAGGGCAAUGUGAAGUCGAAAAAGGUCACAGUUGGUUCUUGCUCUACUCAGAAAGUCUCUGAUGGGGAUUUGGAAGUUGAAGAGGUUUCAGAACGAGAUGCUCAGCCAAUGGACGAUUCCAAGUUUCAGUUGAAUGAUACAUGCACAACAGACGUUUCCAGUUCUAGCGUGGAAGUGAUGGAUGAAGAUAACUUUGAGACGAUAAUCAUGACAGAUGUGGAGGAAGAUGAUGAAGAGGAUAAGGAACACAAGGAAUGGAAUGAAGAUGAUGAGAAAAUUUCCAAAACUUGUCAUCCAGUGGCAUAUUCUUGUCCUGCGAGUAGGACUAGAUCAUCAAUUGGAAAUCAGCCAAGAGUUUCAUACUGUAGAUACUUUGAAACGCUCGACUCUAACGAGGAUGAUGAUGAAGAAGAGGAGGGAUUACUGAAAGAUGUAUCAUCUUCUUCAUCAAAGAAGAAAAUGAUCUCAAAAACUAACAUUCCUUGGGAAGAUCAACCAUUGCCUCCAUUAAACCAGAAAAACAAGUUCUCAGAAGAGGAGGGAUCAGAGCAAGAUGAACCAUUGUCUUCGUCAAAGAAGAAAAUGUUGUCAAAAACAGACCAUCCUUUGGAUGAUGAAGAGCCAUUGUCUUCAUUAAACAAGAAGAACAAGAUCUCAAUACCUCCCAACGAUGAACCGUCAUCUUCAUUAAACAAGAAAAAGUUCUCAGAACCUCAGAAAGAUGAACCAUCAUCCUCAUCAAACAGUGCCAAAUCUGGAAAAAGAAAGAGGGAUAUAAAACCCACAAACUGUUCAAUUUCAAAGCUCCUUGUUAAUAUGAUAUGCAACAAGACAAAAGAUAUUCCUCCUGAGUCUCCCAAAAACGAGCUUUGCAAUGAGGAGCCAGACAUUUUCUCAUGGGAUACCGAACCAAAAGUAGCUGACAAGUCUGAUCACGAGAAAUUUAUCGAUGAGCUCUGGGCUGAUUUUGAUUUUUUCAUGUGUUCCAUGAACAUUAGCUUCUACAACGCUGAUAAGGCACCAGAAAACACAUUAGAUCAAAAUCCAUCUUAGACUGAAUAGAGAUAUGGUUUGGCUUCCAGUCAUACUUCCAUGGUGACUUGUCUGAACUUGUUUAAAGAAGAAGAGCCUCUGGUAGACAGUGAUUUGUUUCAAUCACAGAACGAGAAAUUGCUUAUUUUCAGUCAGUAUAUACAAACAUUGGCUAUGUUUGAAUGAUAAU